CACACAUAUCAGUAAAGAGAGAUGAAGGAGAAAAGAAGUAUAGCGGCCAUUCUCUUCAUUUCUCUUCUUCUCUUCGCCUCAGACUCUCAUUCACUGCCUCUCUCCACCAGUGGAAGAUGGGUUGUGGACGAUGCGUCCGGCCAAAGAGUGAAGCUGGCCUGUGUGAAUUGGAUUUCCCACUUGCAGGCCAUGGUGGUGGAGGGUCUCCACAAGAGGCCACUGAGAGAAAUUGCCGGUGGGAUCACUGCCAUGGGUUUUAACUGCGUCCGCCUCACAUGGGCGACCUACAUGUUUACCAGGCCGUCUUAUGGGAACCGGAGUGUGGCGGAGAGUCUUGGUGGCUUGGGCCUGAGUGAGGCCAAGGAAGGGGUGGCUAGGAACAAUCCUGAGCUGUUGAAUCUGAGUCUGGUAGAAGCCUAUGAGGCAGUGGUAGAUGAGCUUGGAAGGCAUGGAGUGAUGGUGGUGCUUGAUAACCAUGUGAGCAAGCCAAAGUGGUGCUGUGCUGAAGAUGAUGGGAAUGGGUUCUUUGGAGAUAAAUAUUUUCAUCCCAAGGAAUGGUUGCAGGGUUUAACCAAAGUGGCCCAUCGGUUCAAGGAUAAGUCUCAGGUGGUGGCAAUGAGCAUGCGAAACGAGCUACGAGGCCCAAACCAAACAGAACAUAUCUGGUAUAAACAAAUCCGAAAAGGAGGCAGAACUAUUCACAGCAUCAACCCAAAUCUUCUCGUCAUUGUAUCAGGGUUGGAGUUCGACACCGACCUCAGCUUCCUGAAGCAAAAGCCCCUGAAAUUAAAGCUUCCCAACAAGGUAGUAUUUGAGGCACAUUGGUACUCCUUCAGCUCCAUCACAGGCGGUGUGGAGUGGACUGAGCAGCCACUGAAUCAAAUCUGCGACAAUCGGACCGAGUGGUUCGAGUCAGGAGCCGCAUUUGUGGGCACCGGUUCCAACCCGGCUCCGUUUUUUCUGAGUGAGUUUGGUAUAGAUUUGAGAGGCGUGAACCCGAGAGACAACCGAUUCUUCGGCUGCUUCCUUGCGUUCGUCGCCCAGAGGGACUUGGACUGGGCGCUCUGGACCUUGCAGGGCAGCUAUUACUACAGAGAUGGGGUUGUGGGGCAGGAGGAGACUUAUGGGGUGCUGGAUUACAACUGGGACAAGCCCAGAAAUCCCAAAUUCCUAAAGAGGAUAAGGAUUCUGCAAGACAUUUUACAAGAUCCCAAUUCAAACGUUUCAAAGUACCACUUAAUUUUCCACCCACGAAGCGGACGCUGCGUGAGCGUUAAGGGAGAGGGCCAGGACCAGAUUCAUGGAAGGAAUUGCAAGAAGGGAAGUAGAUGGAGCCACGACGGUAAUGGAGGAGCGAUACGGCUGAUGGGCAGCGGGUUGUGUCUGAAGGCGGUUGGGGACGGGCUUCCUGCGAAGCUCUCAACCGACUGCAGCAGCCCCCAGGCGAGGUGGAAACUGAUCUCCAAGUCCAAGCUCCACAUAGCUGCCAUGGAUGAGCAGGGGAAGCCCUUGUGCUUGGAUGGGAAAAAUUCAAACUCCUCUUCAAUUUUAACAAGGACGUGUAUAUGUGCAUUACAAGAUGGAGAUGAUUCCGAUCUUGCCUGCCUCAAGAAUCCGCAAAGGCAGUGGUUUAAAUUCGUCCCCUCGAAUCUGCCCUAGUUUCUCACAUUCAUGUAGAAAGAAACAAUUAAGCAAAAAGAGACUCAUUUUAAUAAUUUCAGAUUUUGUAUCCGUAAUUAAUAAAUGGAAACGGCGCAAGGAGACAAAAUGAAUCUCCGAUGUUUUAUCA